UUUGUUCUCUUUUGCCCACUUUCUGGAAGGAAGCGGCAUGUCAUUACCAUUCUGACAAAAAAAGUACCGUGAGGCGAGGGAGGGGCUUACAACACCACACCCACCCCGCGCUCAGCGGGCUCGAGUAGGAAUCGCAGCCGGCAGCCUGCGCCUAGGCCCCGGGCUCUGGCGGACAGCCCUUCAGCGCUUGGCAAGAGUGGGAGGGGUUUCGAAAGAGAAGGACAGGAACAGUCCACAACACCCCCUCCGCAUUGAAAGAGCAGCCGAAUGAUCCAAGAGAUUAGAGACCGAAAGGUUUUAGAGGAAAAUAAGUUUACCACAGGAGCAAUAAAUAAAUAAAUAAAACCAUGGAGGGAAGGAAUGAGGCUUCAGGUCCUUCUAAGGGGAAGGAAAAGUCCGGUAAAAUGAAGAAAAGCCUGGAGGAAGGAGAAAAGAAAACCAAAUUUACUUUUAAGAAGCUGAUUCCUGAUGAGCUGGAACGGUUCACCAGCAUAAGGAAGAAGGAGAAGCCGUACGUUCAAGCAAAACACCCAUCAACACCAAUUUAUGAAGAUCAUCUUUCUCCACUGACCUUGCUGUCUGACAGUGAGGUGCUGGAUCUAUUUGAGCAGAUGUUGCUUGACAUGAAUUUGAAUGAAGAAAAGCAGCAGCCGUUGAGAAACAAGGAUAUGAUGAUUAAAAGAGAAAUGGUUUCACAGUAUCUUCAUACCUCCAAAGCGGGGCAAAGUCAGAAAGAAAGUUCCAGAUCACCAGUGAUGUACAUCCAAGAAUUGAAGUCAGGAAUACGAGAUAAUCAGCUGCUAAGUUGUUUGGAAUCUUUGCGUGUUUCUCUCAGCAAUAACCCAGUGAGUUGGGUGCAGAACUUUGGAACAGAUGGGCUAGCGACACUGUUGAAUAUAUUGAAAUCAUUACAGGAUGAGCCAGAACCUUUAAGUCUGAACCCGAAAAUUCAACAUGAAAUUAUUAGAUGCCUCAAAGCUUUUAUGAACAACACGAAUGGGAUAAAGAUGAUGUUGGAUUCAGAAGAUGGCAUUCUACUGUUGGUCAAAGCUGUAGAUCUUAAUGCUCCAGCUAUGAUGAUCGAUGCUGCCAAGCUGCUGUCUGCUAUCUGUGUCCUGCCAGGACCUGAGAAUAUGCAUGAAAAAGUACUCGAAGCAGUGACAGAGAGAGCAGAGCAGAAAGAAUGUGAAAGAUUCAAACCACUGUUGGAUGGAUUAAAGAUCGAACAGAGCAUACCACUAAAGGUGGCAUGCAUGCAGUUUGUUAAUGCCCUCAUCAUUCCUGCAGACGAACUUGAUUUCAGGAUUCACUUGCGGAGUGAGUUCAUGCGUUUGGGCCUCAAUUGGAUAUUACCGGAAUUAAGGAAAAUUGGAACUGAAGAACUUAAUGUGCAACUUUCUGUGUUUGAUGAACAUGCAGAGGAAGAUUCAGAAGAUUUAAAAAGCCGUCUGGAAGAUAUUCGAAUAGAAAUGGAAGAUGUGAAUGAAGUCUUCCAGAUGCUGCUGAACACUGUGAAGGACUCCAAAGCAGAACAAUACUUCCUAUCAAUCCUUCAACACUUCCUUCUGAUACGCAAUGAUUAUCAAGCCAGGGCACUGGUGGUUUUAAUUUGUGAGAGUGCUUGUUCAGGGAUUAUUGAGCAGAAGCUUACUAACACGCAAUUAUCUAAAGACUUGGAAGAUACAAAGACAAAGUUGGCCAAAAUUCCAAAAGUGUUACCCCCACAACCAGAUCAGGUUAACAGGCUGUUAACCCCACCAGCACUUCCAUUACCAGGCCAGCCAGGAAUUCCUCCUUCACCACUGCUACCGGGACAAGGUGGGCCACCUCCUCCUCCUCCUCCACCUCCUCCUCCUCCUCCACCACCGCUACCAGGACAAGGUGGGCCUCCACCUCCUCCUCCUCCUCCUCCACCACCGCUACCAGGACAAGGUGGGCCUCCUCCUCCACCACCACUACCAGGACAAGGUGGGCCACCUCCUCCACCUCCGCUACCAGGACAAGGUGGGCCACCUCCUCCACCUCCACUACCAGGACAAGGUGGGCCACCUCCACCACCUCCACCUCCUGGGUUUUCUGGAAUGCCGCCUCCACCACCUGGGCUGUUUGGCGCUCCUGUUGUUCCAGCUGCCCCCAUUUUACCAUUUGGACUGUCAUCUAAAAAAGAAUACAAGCCAGAAGUUCAACUCAAAAGGCCUAAUUGGCCAAAAAUUAUGCCUAAGGAUAUGAACGAAAAAUGUUUCUGGGUCAAGGUAAAGGAAGACAAAUAUGAAAGUAAAGAGCUGUUUGCGAAACUCACCCUCACAUUCUCUGCACAGACCAAGGCCAGUAAAGCUAAGAAGGAACAACAAGACAUGGAUGAUAAGAAAACAGCACAGAAGAAGAAAGUUAAGGAGCUAAAGGUGUUGGAUGGUAAAGCAGCUCAGAAUCUAUCUAUCUUCUUGGGUUCUUUCCGUUUGUCAUACAAUCAAAUCAAAAAAGCAAUUCUUGAAGUGGAUGAAAAGAUUCUGACUGAAUCAUUGAUCCAGAACCUCAUUAAGCAACUUCCCCAGCAGGAGCAGUUGAGUGCCUUAGCAGAUCUGAAAGAUGAAUACGAUGACCUCUCGGAACCAGAGCAGUUUGGAGUAAUUAUCAGUUCUGUGACCCGUCUGAGACCCCGAUUGAACGCAAUACUAUUUUUGCUCCAGUUUGAAGAGCAGGUGAAUAACCUUAAACCAGACAUCGUAUCAGUGAAGGCAGCCUGUGAGGAAGUCAGGAGCAGUGAUAAUUUUUCCAAAUUAGUGGAAAUCAUCUUGUUGGUGGGAAACUUUAUGAACGCAGGAUCACGGAAUGCUGGAGCAUUUGGGUUCAACAUCAGCUUCCUUUGUAAAUUAAAAGAUACAAAAUCCACCGAUCAGAAGAUGACACUUAUGCACUUUAUAGCAGAAAUGUGUGAAGAACAGUACCCUGAAAUUAUUCACUUCACAGAAGAGCUAAACCAUGUGGAAAAAGCAAGCCGAGUUUCUGCAGAAAUGUUACAGAAGAACCUAGAACAAAUGGGGAAACAGAUUGCCACUUUGGAAAAAGACAUCAGCACGUUCCCACAAACCAAUAACGAUCAAGACAAGUUUGUAGAGAAAAUGACCAGUUUUGUACAGGUUGCAAGGGAGCAGUUUGAAAAACUAUCAGAAAUGCAUAAAACCAUGGAGGAGGAUUUUGCAGACCUUGGACAAUACUUUGUCUUUGACACCAAAAAAACAUCUGUUGAGGAGAUUUUUGGUGAUCUUAGUAACUUCAAGACUAUGUUUUUGCAAUCGGUAAUGGAGAACAAGAAACGGAAAGAAGCUGAAGAGAAAAUCAAAAGAGCCAAACUAGCCAAAGAGAAGGCAGAAAAGGAGCGACUAGAAAAACAAAAGAAGAAUGCAGCAUUUGACAUGAAUGCGGAGGGUGAUGAGACAGGUGUAAUGGAUAGUCUAAUGGAGGCACUUCAAUCAGGAGCUGCCUUCAGGAGAAAGAGAGGUCCACGGCAAGCUGCUAAUCGAAGAGGCAAUGCUAUGACUUCUAUUCUUGCCAAAGAACUUACCAAGGACGAUGCCAUCGGUCAGACUGUAAGUAAGAAGCAGAAAGUAGAUAAUGAAGCUAAGGAAGUCACAACACCGAUGGAACAAGAGGAGAUGUUGGAGAGCAUUCUUACACGCUCCAAUUAAACCCAUAGGAAAAUGCCUGGAAUUUAAUAUCCUGUGCCAUAAAUUCAUUGAUUUUGGUUUAAUGCUGUUUUUAAAAUAAUAUCAAUGUGUUAUAGUUGGAUUUUUUGGGACUAAUUUAAUCUCACCUGAACAUGGUGGCACUAGCCAGACUAUGGUGCAGGUGGCUUCUUGUACAUUUAAAAUGGGGCAGUGUGGCUGAUACUUCAAUGCAUAAUACUGUUCUCUGAUAUAAAUUUUUGGCAAUGCUGCAGUGCAGAUUUUGUCUCGUGUAGAUGACCCUCUCAUAUUUUGGGUGCCUUUACUUAUCUUCAAGUUUUAAGCACAUCUGUUGAUUCUCAUCUUUGGUGAGUUUUAUGUCAAACUCACGAGUUAUUGAGAUAAAAAUAAACUUGUUUGCACAUCAGCCUCAUAGGCCACUUAAAAUAAAUCAGUAGGUGUUUCAAAUCACAUUUAUUCUUAAUAGUGUUGUAAAAUAUUUGAUUGGAGAUGGAGAGGAGACAUUCUUAUUGUAUCACAGAUCACACGUGACUAUUAAUAGACAGAUGUGGUAUAAGAGCUGACAAUAAAUAGCAAGCCUCUAUAGUACAGAAGCACUUGGCCCAUCCUUGUUAAACAUCUAUGUGCAGCAUUGAAACACACAUACAGUAUAAAAACAAAGUAUUGAUUAUUUUAUGAACUAUAAAGCCAAAAGUUUAAAAUAAAUAGUAAUGAUAGUCAAUAUGUUAGAAAGUUGGAGAGGCAGAAAUUCCGCUGCGCUUUAUGCCAUUUUUCAUAUUAUAGCCUCUUUGCUACUCAGCUGAUUUUUUUCUUUCUCUCCUGCCCUGUCCACUGCAAUAUUGGUGCAGUGACUCUGAAGUUCACAAAUUGGAAAGUGUUCCAGCAUUCGCUUUUUCAGCUCCACUGCACUGCUGACCUUGCACCUUACAGAGGUGGUUUCCACUCUGGUAAGGAUCACAUUUUGGAAUUUUCUGACAAAUUAACCAUUGCCAAAAUGCCAUAUAUUACUUUGAAAGCUGUGGUUAAAUUAUUUUUACUUAUUUUGAGCCCAUUCAUGAAUUAGAAUGGCAAACCGUGUUGCAUGAUUCUUGUCACCCUGUUCACAUGAAGCUUCCUGAACUUUGCUGGAUCAGUCCUGUCUGUUUGUUUUCUCUCUCAAUUCUAUCUCCAUUUCUAUUUUUAUACCUUUGACAAAAUCCUAAAAAAAUUCUGUUGCAGCAGUUGGGUUGGUCUUACAUCCAUGAUCGUCUUCUAUCAACGCCCCUGGGGGGAGAAAACAAGACUUUUUUUGCCAAAUUACAUGAUUUAUUAUGUUGCUACUGGAAAAUAUGUCCCCCUUAUUUCUAUUCUGUCCUGGUCCCCCAGUUUUUAUCUAAACACUGUUUUUGUAGGGUAAAAUAUAGUCUGUACAUGUUGGUACAUAACUUUUAUCACAGCGUUUGAUGUUAAUAUUCAUGACAGUUCAUCUGGUUUAUCUGAGAAGAUUAUCAUUUAUGCUUUCAAGGUCCAUUCAAUUAAAUUACCUUCCACUAACAACAUGUCAUAUCCACAUUGCAGGAUGGGAAAUGAAGAAACAAUUCAAAACAAAGCUCUAUCACUUUCUCAUAACUUGAAAUUGGAGAGAAAAUGAGAACUAGUGGAAAAUGCCCCCAGAUGUGCCUUCCAUUAAUAGACUAAAAUAUUACCAUUGUUCAUUCUAAAACCUUCGCAGUCAGGGUUGUGAGGUUUUAAAUCCUGGCUAAGUAAAUGUUUGAUCAUAAUAAGUGCUCAACUACUAAUUUAUUUUAGGUGGCUCUGACUUAACAAUUCAGGUGAUGUACUGCUGUAUUCUUUCUGAUUGAUCCCUGCUGAGUCCCGUCAUCUGAACAAAGUGAUGGGAAUUGCCUUGGGGUUCAUAGGAUUUUACUACUGUGUGUAGACAUGCUCUGGAGGAUGUGUGAACCUUUUCACAUCUACUUGAUCAAUAGCUGUAACUUCUCUACUAGCUUUUUUGGGGGGUAUUUAGGAAUAUUUUUCCACUAAAUAGUUUUCUUUACGUUUUGAAACUAUCAAGUGAUUGGGGUGCAAUUUCAUUUUUUCAAGUAAUUUUUUUUACUAUCAAAAGCAAAUCCGCACUUUACAGGUGAAUUUUCUACAGAAUUUGUAUUUCAAAGAUUAAAAUUGUAUUUGACCAGUAGAACCUUCCUAUAGUUCAAAACAUUAUGUACACUUGAGGUGCUCUGAUGAGUGAAAAAUGGUUAAUUUGCUGAAGAAUUAUAUCACAAAAAGCAUCCACUAGUCCUUGACUUUCACUGGCGUCUGAUUAAUUCCCCCUUUUAAUUAUUUACUGCCUUCCGGAUUUGAACGGAUCACGCAACUGGAAUCCUUUCAACAUGUAAGUAAACCUGUCUGUACUUGUUGGAACAAAAUCCAUUCAGCUAUCAGAAAACUGCAAUUGCACUAAUUCAUGGCAAUUGAUAAAAUUAAACGUUAUUUGAGUAAUUUUUAAGAGAUUUGUAAAGAAUGUUUGAAAUCCUUAGUUCCAUAUUGUCAAAGUUAAACAUACAUUAAUCCUGACCAGGACUGUGCAUCAACCUCUAACAGUUUCCUCUAUUUGUCACAAGUAGCUUAAUGUACUGUCCCAGAUAAGUCUCAAUUUUCCAUUAAAAGCCAGUUUCUGAGCAGUAACAAAUCACUUGCCCUAACACAAAAGUACAGUUAGAUUACAAUGCUGUGAGUCAACUCUAAUUUGAGUGAUUUGAACUGUCUACCUAGUAAAAAUCUACAAUACAGGAUUAGAUCAUGACUAAAUAACAGUCCAUGUGAAACAUCAGUCUACUGCACCACUUGGGAUCAGGGGCAACUGGAAUUUCCCUCGUUUCUCUUAGAUCAGUUCUGUAUGCCAAGUGAUUUUGUUCAACCAAAGAAUAUUCAUUGUCCUGCAUUGUAAUAUAAUUGCAAUGCCACCAAUAUUGUCCCAUAACACUAGUUCUUCUGCUAGCCCAUGUCAAAACAUUCUUAAUCUUUAAUGUAUGACUGCUCCUUGGCAUAAGCAUUUACUAAAUUUUAUGUAAUGUCGUGAUUAUGGGUCAGUCAAGUAUGCUGAACUAGAGGCAUUGUUAGUAUUUUGCCUUUCUUUUAACUUUAUUAAUUCCAGCCAUUCCCUCUCUGCUGGUAGUAGGCUUUUCAUCAUUGACACUGUAAUGUGGAUUCCUGGUUCAGUGAAUGCACUGGACCUUGGAUGCAUUUAGAUCCAAGGGAAGUGCCUUUCCAUCCACCAUAAUUGUUACAGAUAAGCAAUACUCCUGGUUUUUUUUCGGUAACUAGAUUCAUAGAGCUUAGACAUUUUUAAUGUGCAAAUGGUAGUAGGCUGGCCUCUAUGACUUUAGAAAGGACAUGGUUCAUUAAGGACCAGGCAAUUUUGGAUAAAGUUACAGGUGAUUUUAUUUCUUUUGGGAUGUGUGAGCUACAUAAGGGAGUAAUUUGUUUGAACUGCACCCUGAAAGGCACUGCCCCUUGCUGGAAACAGUUCUCUGAUAGGCUUUCCACCAUUUUCUAAGUUGUCAUUCUUUCCUACAUGUGAUGAGGCAGUCGAUGACUAAUUGCCAAUUAUUCACCCCUGGAGAGCAUCACCACUGAUCCAAUUCUUAAAGUCUGUAUGUACUGAACACUGGAUACUCCAGAGUUACAUUAAAAAAGCUGCACUGAGUGAAAGAAAAGUCCUGCUGGAACAAUUCAUGAAUAUGUACUGUAAAUAUGGCUGUUGUUGACUUUAUAUAUUGAAAAUGCCAGAAUUCCCCUGAAACAAAUGCUAUUUUAAGCACUUUGAGGAUGAUGAUGAGGUAAUCAUAAGAAAAAGUGGUAUCAAAAUAAGGAUUCAUCCAAAUGAACUAACUGAGAUAUGAAAUGCAUGGAUUUUUGAGGAGGUGAUGUCAGACAUCUUUUUAUUCUACUGACUGCUUUAUGGAAGAUCUGAGAAAUAUGUGUUCCAUUUAUAUAAGACUCUCGUAGGUUUACACAAUUACUGAGCCCUGUACGUUGAUUAAGAUUGUCGGCUAUUUCGAAUCAUGGGUAGGGUACCAUAGAGUGGUGCCACCACUAGAAUUAUUUCCUUUCAUUUUGAAUAUGUAAAGGCUGCAAAGGAAAAUAUUAGAAAGUUGUAAAGUGAUUUAUUUUCUGCAAUUAUUUCAUGUAUGUAUGUUAUUUUGAUUAUACAUGUUCACAGUUUUGUUUGAGAAUAUGUCUACAUUAGUAAAAGUUGCUGGUCAGCUAGUUUUGAAUUUCUCUUGCCCGCCAUGCUAGUAUCCUGUUUAUUGCAAUGUUUUAAAUAUAGGAUCCCCACAAUAACAUCUGUUGUUUUCUUGGUCUCUACAUUUUCUUCAAUGCUGGAAUCUUGACCAUGGAAAGAGUAAAACGGUUGGCAGCAAAAUCAUAUAACACUUAAAGUUAUAAAUUUGGGAACAAAUGUCCCAAGUGACCUUGACCCAUAUAACUCACCAAUACUGAGAGGAGCUGAGCUCCCGAGUUAUACUCCUGCAUACUAGAACUCUUAAUUUCUCUCCUCCAGCUCUCAUCAUUUGCCCUACUGCUUCAUGCAUCUUCGAAUAAAUAAAGAAAUAUGUAAUAAAUAACUUAGAUAUUUUUAGAGUUAUGGAUGACAUUGUAUAAGGGUCACGUGUUGUGGUUUGAUGGUGUAGUGAUGUAUGCUGCUUCAGAAGGAUUUUCUGCAAGUCACUGCUGGAAUAAAACUAUACCAGAGAAUGAAUGUAUAUUUUACAAUAAUUCUACUGUAGAGUGCCUGUUUGUAUCCCUAAUUUGCAAGUAGGUCCAAUUGGAAAGCAGUUCCAUCAGGUUUACCAGGCAUCAUGUAACAUGAGUGUAAGUGAGGAAUGUCCUGUAUACUACUAUUAAUACCUGCCCAGGGAUAACCUGUCAAAAUUGAUAUUCAUUCAGUGUUGCAUUAUUCAGAAAAUUUUUUUUAAAUGUUGUCAAACCACUGUUCAUUUUUAUUAGAUUAUUUUUAUUUGAUUGUUUGCCAUGUGCAGUCAGGAGGUUGCCUUCACAUUUAAUUAACCACACUGGAGGAUCGAAUGCAAGAAAAUUCCAGAAUAUUGUGCUGUUUUCCUCAGUAAUAGCGAUGGCUGGUUUUAUUUUACUGUAACAAUGUCACUGGAGCUGUAAGGGCUAAAUGAGUAUUAUUUAUCCUCCGCAAAGUCAAUGAAACUGUAAAAUACACAAAAAUCAGCAUCAUUUUUAUAUGUUCUCUCUCUCUCAACAGCAUUUGAAUGUGAUGAAAUAUGUAUUCUAAUUGUUUGGAGUAAAAAAAAGCUAUGGCCUGAGGUAUUUAAAACUUGUGACUAUUAAGCCAUUUCAUCUCAUUUCAUAGUGCAGGCACCAAGAAUCUAAAUGGGCCAAAGCUGAGACUUUGGAAUUUAAGGAAUAUUGUGAGAACAAUGAAAUAUGCUUUCUUUUCCAAGAAUUUUCUUUUUUCAUACAAAUUUGUUUCUUGCUUUGAUAUCUAAUUGUAUCAGAUUUCUGAUUUGAAUUGUAAAUAAUAAAAAGUAUUUUAUCAAACUGUG